AUGUUCUAUCAGGUGGACCAACUUAGUCAGGCAUAUCGAACCAUCCUCAAGAACUCUUCAAGUCACUCUUCAUGCCAGCUUGUCAUCUUUGUCUCAUGUCUGAACAUUGAUGCUCUGUGUGCCACUAAGAUCCUUUCUCAAGUAUUCAAGAAACAAUUGGUGCAAUUGCAAAUUGUGCCCGUGGUUGGGUACUCUGAGCUGAAAAGACAUUACUUACAACUGGAUUCUAAUAUAAACAGUGUCAUACUAGUCGGGUUUGGCGCCUCUGUGGAUUUGGAAACUUUCCUGGAUAUUGAAAAGGAUGAGGCAACAGAAGAUGAUCCAAUGAAAAGACUUAUUUAUGUCCUGGAUGCUCAUAGACCAUGGAAUUUAGAUAAUCUAUUUGGAUCUGAUGUCAUUUGUUGUUUGGAUGACGGCACUGUGCAAGAUUCAUUACAAGAGGAACAGGAUGCGUACAUGAAGUUGGUUGAAUUGGAGCAAGAGAGAGAGGAUGAUAGUGAAGAUGACGGUUUAUCUGAUUCAGAUGAGGAGGAAGAGGAGGAGGAAGAUCCAACCGAUGAAGACGAGGAUGAUGAAGAUGGUCCUCAUAAAAGAAAAUUAUCACAAGAUAUAAAUCCAAGAAAGAAACAGAUUAAAGAGCGAAGGAAACUCAUAUUGCAAAAUGAGCGAUUAUUGGAAGAAUACUAUUCCACUGGUUCCACAGUGGUGAAUUCUGUUUCUGUACAAGUCUAUUCCUUACUUUCAACGAUCGGGGGUACCAAUCUUCAAUAUCUAUGGCUCACCAUUUUGGGAGCCACCUCUUUGGAUACCCAGCACUCACAAGUUUACAAUAGAUUAUUCCCGUUACUACAAGACGAAGUCAAAAGACUUUCACCAAGUAGUUCUAUUUCUUAUUCAGCGAAGACACCAGACACGUUAUCAUUAGAUAUCCAACCGGAUUACUAUUUGUUUCUCUUAAGACAUUCCACUCUUUAUGACAGUUUUUACUAUUCUAACUACGUGAACGCAAAAUUAUCUGUCUGGAAUGAAAACGGUAAAAAACGAUUACACAAAAUGUUUGCUAGAAUGGGGAUUCCCCUGUCGAUAGCUCAGGAAUCAUGGCUUUACAUGGAUCAUUCCAUCAAGAGAGAAUUGGGACUUAUAUUCGAUAAAAAUUUGGAUAGAUAUGGGUUACAAGAUAUCAUCAGAGAUGGGUUUAUUAGGACAUUUGGAUACCGUGGUAGUGUAAGCGCUAGUGAAUUUGUGGAGGCACUUACGGCAUUAUUAGAAGUUGGUGAAUCAGCAGGUACAACUGGAUCAUCGUCAGCAAAGGGUAAUCCUCAGAAUCCUGAUGGUGAUGAUGGUGUCGAAGAUUCUGAAGGUAAUGUUUCUAAUCUAUUGACACUAACGAGGAAAAAAUGGAUUUCUAAUUUUUGGUUAAGUUGGGAUGCACUUGAUGAUCGUAAGAUUGAAUUAUUAAACAAGGGUAUAAAGCAUGCACAGGUUCUUCAGAAGGCAAUAUUCAAUACAGGUGUGGCCAUUCUUGAGAAGAAGUUGAUUAAGCACUUGCGAAUAUAUAGAUUGUGUGUUCUGCAGGAUGGUCCUGAUCUAGAAAUGUAUAAGAAUCCUUUAUCACUUUUACGAUUGGGGAAUUGGUUGAUUGAAUGUUGUGCAGAAUCAGAAGAUAAACAGUUGUUGCCCAUGGUAUUAGCCACCUUGGAUGAAUCGACAGACACGUAUUUAGUGGCCGGUCUCUCCCCAAGAUAUCCUCGAGGAUUGGAUACCAUCCACACACGAAAGCCCAUAUUGAACAAUUUUAGCAUGGCCUUCCAGCAGAUAACAGCACAGACAGGUGCGAAGGUGAAAAUAGACAAUUUUGAAAGCUCAAUAAUUGAAAUUCGCCGUGAUGAUUUAUCUCCAUUCUUAGAAAAAUUAACGCUGAGUGGAUUAUUAUAA